AAAUUAGUCACAACAAUAGCAGAAAAGCAGCUCUCCUUUUUGUGAAGCUUUGUGGAGCUUUCCAUGGAUCUGGACUCACCUUCACACCCCCUGAGCAUAAACACUGACAAACCCUUUCCUGAGAAUUUGCGUAAAUGCAUAUCGGUGACAGCAGUGAAUUGUUCAGGAAUAGAUAUAUCAUACAUGCUGGAAUGCAGAGAAUAAUUUGAAAGACUCUAGGAGAAAACAUGCAUGCUGCUCUACCCAAAUGCAAAAUGAAAACUGCAGCAUGCAUGAAAACUGCAGAAGCAUGGAGAGAAUGUGGGGAAGCCGUGAAGCUGCGUGUGCACGGCGGUGAAGAGCGACGAGCGAUGUGCAAAGAGAUGAUGUCAUGGUUUUAAGCGGAUGGGAGGAGGAGGAAGAGGAGAAGGAGGAGGAUGGAUGGAUGGAGGGAGGGAGGAGGAGGGAGGGAGGAGGGAGGAAGAGGCGAGCGUAAGGUUUCGCAGGCGCUCCGGAAAAAAAGGAAGCGGCGCUUUGUGAUGCGCAGGCGGCGCCGUGUAGCUGGCGGAAGAGGAGCUCUCGCAGCCCAGCCCCAGCGUCUCUCCGCCCAGGGGAAAGACAGGAGGCAGACAGGAGGGACGUGGGGGGAAGAAAAAAAGACAGAGGGAGAGGGAGAGAGAGAGAAGAAGAAGAAGAAGGAAGAGAAAAGAAAAAGGAGGGGAAAAACGGGAACGGCGUUGACGAAGCCGCUGCGAUGGCGGCCAAAUCGGACGGCGUGCUGAAGAUGAAGAAGAGCGAUGUGGCGUUCACGCCCCUGCAGAACUCGGACCACUCGGGCUCGGUGCCGGGGCUCGCGGCGGGAUCGCGACCGGGCUCGGGCAGCGGCGAGGCGGAUUUUACGCGCGGUGAGGCGCGCUGCUGCGGUCCCGAGGACUCGACGUGCCUGCGGCUCGGCGGAGAGAGGCGGAAGUACGGCGCCUGGGACGGUCUGUGGCUGGUGGCCGCGGCCGCCGUGUACUUCACCGACGUCGCCACGGACGUGUGGCUCGCCGUCGACUACUACCUGCGCCGCGACUACUGGUGGUUCGGCCUGACGCUCUUCUUCGUGGCGCUCGGCUCAAUCUCCGUGCAGGUCUUCAGCUUCCGGUGGUUCGUGCACGACUUCAGCACCUCGGAGAGCGACGCCGCGGCCACCGACAGCAGCAGCAGGACUAACGAGAAGCGCUCGGCGCCGUGCGCCUUCUGCCUCUGGUUCUUACAGUCCGUCAUUCACAUCCUGCAGCUCGGCCAGAUAUGGAGGUAUUUCCGCACCAUCUACCUGGGCAUCCGGAGCAGGCGCAGCGGCGAGAAUGACCGCUGGAGGUUCUACUGGAGGAUGGUGUACGAGUACGCUGAUGUCAGCAUGCUCCACCUGCUCGCCACCUUCCUGGAGAGCGCGCCUCAGCUCGUCCUGCAGCUCUGCAUCAUCAUCCAGACUCACAAGCUUCAGGCCGUGCAAGGAAUGACUGCCGCUGCCUCUUUGGUGUCUUUGGCUUGGGCUCUGGCAUCCUACCAGAAGGCUUUACGGGAUUCACGUGAUGACAAGAAGCCCGUCAGCUACCUGGCCGUCAUCAUCCAAUUCUGCUGGCACUUCUUCACCAUCGCGGCACGUGUCGUGACCUUUGCCCUGUUUGCCUCCGUGUUCCAGCUCUACUUCGGAAUUUUCAUUGUGCUGCAUUGGUGCAUCAUGACCUUCUGGAUCGUGCACUGCGAGACCGAGUUCUGCGUCACCAAGUGGGAGGAGAUUGUCUUUGACAUGGUGGUGGGGAUCAUCUACAUCUUCAGCUGGUUCAACGUAAAGGAGGGCCGCACGCGCUGCCGCCUUUUCAUCUAUUACUUGGUUAUCUUGUUGGAAAACGCAGCACUCAGCGCACUCUGGUACCUGUACCGUUCACCGCUGGGCACCGACGCCUUCGCCGUUCCUGCCCUGUGUGUCAUCUUUUCCAGCUUCUUCACAGGAAUUGUCUUCAUGCUCAUGUACUACGCUUUUUUCCAUCCUAACGGGCCACGAUUUGGACGCUCAGCCAGCCUGAGCCAGCUGGAUGAUACCAACAUCACUACCGGCUUCGCCAUGCCAACCGAAGGUGCCACCAAUUCCCUUCGCUCCAACAGGGGUGGCACACUGGCAAGGGACGCUGAUCGCGAUGCUAAGUACACCGAGCGAGACGGAUGUGCUCCUGUUUUUCAAGUUCGUCCCACAGCUCCAUCCACACCAUCCUCUCGCACUCCUCGCGUGGAGGAAACCGUGAUCAGAAUAGACGUAUGCAGGAACCGAUACCCAGCCUGGGAAAGGCACGUGCUGGACCGCGGCAUACGCAGAGCCAUCUUGGCUAUCGCUAACUCACCCACGCCACCUCGACUGCAGUACAAGGAUGACAUGCUCGUCCAGGAGCGGCUGGAGUAUGAGACCACGUUGUAGCUCACCCACUUUUCCACAGCUUGGUGUGUGGAAUCUUGUAGGUUAUCAUCCAUUAACAGCAGGACUGUGGCAAUAACAUGACUAGCAGAGUGGGACUGUCAAGCCCAUAGCAUUUAGCCAUGAUGUUGAUUGUCAUGGAUUGCAAAAAAAAAAAAAUGAAAAAAAAAAAAAAAAAAAACACAAAUAAGAAUAAAAUAUAAAAACAAAGAAAUAGGCACAACAUGUUCACUGGUGUAAGGAUUGGUAUUUUUUUAAUCUAUUUUUUUUUUUAUUCCAUUAAUUCAGGUUUUCCCUAUUUUUUUUAACUCAUCAGGGAAUAUAGUUUUUUCCCUCUGUGUUGAGCAGAUAUCUAGUCUGCCAACACUACAGCCCGUUCAUAUUCAGUGGAGUUACCUCCUCUACACUACUCCUUUUUGGUCAUCUAAAUAUAUUUAGUGUUGUUCAGGCCUUGAAAUUAUGAAUCUGCCAUAACGCAUUGCUCAUUCAUGAAGCGAUGGGAUUUAAACCAUUCUGACAUAGUGACACUACCUGUCAUGUUGGACAACAGGACAAACAGGUGACCCAGUCUCGUGCUGAUAAAACUCGUGGAGACAAAAAAAACUCGCCAGGGUGAGGGGUGCUGAAACCCACGAGUCGUUUGACAUCAGCAAAACUCUCGUAGUGCCAAAAAAAAUCCCGGUCCAUACUGGAAUCCAUAGUGGACAUGGUGGACCUGGAGUCUCUGCCAGUAACUGUACAUUAAAAAAAACAGGGCAGCAUUUCAAUCAUCUACUUGAAUAUUGUAUAAAAAAAAGUGAAUGAAAGAAAGCCACGAGGGACUGACCCAGGCUCAAACACACAACUUCUCUCCUGGAGAAGGAACCAGGCCAAGAAAACACUUCCUGGCAGCUCGGCUCAUGCUGGCUGAUAUGGAUCUCUCAAGAAACACUCACACACUCACAUAUGUGCUGAGAAACACACACAACACACACAACACAGAGCAAUCCACAGCAGCCAAGCACUCGUUGGAGCCAGGAUGGAUUCCACCUCCAAAAGAUUAAAGAUACAGUGUUCUGCUUGAGUCUGUGUGAACUCGCACGAGUGUUUAUGAUUACGAUUGUGUCUGUGAGUGUGUGUAGGUGUGUAUUCGCUCUGCAGUACCAGACACGGCAUCCACCGGUUCACGUGCCGCGUCUACAGAAAUACAACACUGUAUCUUUAAAUCUGCCAAACAGCUCAUCUGUAUAUGAAAGGAAAAAAAAAAUUGGUCUCUUUCAGUUGAAAGUGCUUCUUAGUGUCUUUUUAUAGGAGGUCAGAAGACGGCGAAGACGCAUGGGGACGCCGGGAGAGGACGCAGUACGACAAGCACAAGACUUGAGCACAGCAAAAAUGGUUCCUGUACUGGGGGAAAAAAUGGUACAAGUCUGAAGUUCUUGAUGCAAUCCUGAUGUCCUGCAUUGUUAGACUCGGACAAGGGUGACUGUUGUCUUUCUUUAGACGUGUGACAUGAUUUUCUUUGAUUUUAUAUCAGGAUUUUGAUGGAUUUGUGUGCGCGCUAGGCAUGUGCCAAUAUUCCCAAUAUUCAGUUACACACUAAAUACACAAUAAAUCACAAUUUGACACAUUGUGGACACAAAUUUUCAUCACUACCCCUGCAUUCAGUUCAGAUCAAGGCUGUGUGGAUUGGCAUCAUUUUUUCAUUCAUUCAUUCAUUCAUCCUCAGUAACCACUUUAUCCUGGUCAGGGUUGUGGUGGAUCUGAAGCCUAUCCCUGGAAUAAUAGGUGUGAGGCAGGAAAACACCCUGAAUGGGACACCGUUCUAUCACAGGAUACUAUACACUCAUUCACCCCUAGGGGUAAUGUAGAUUAGCCAGUUCACCUACUGGCAGUUUUGGGAGGUGGGAGGAAACUGGAGGAAAUCCAAAGAACUGCCACACGGACACUGGGAAAACAAAUAUGUGAAACUCCACACAGACUGUAACAAUGCUUCCCACUGCACCACCAUUUUUGAAGUGUUCAUUCAUUCAAGGUAAAAACUAUUCCAUUCUUAUGGCCAGUCACAUUCUCCAUAAUUUGGUUCACCAAAGGACAAUUUGAAGAAAGGUUAAAUGACAUGGCGGAUAGAAAUGCUGUCCCCUCUGAAGGCCUAGUCAUGAAAGUUUUUCGUCAUUGAAUUUCAAAAAGCAGACACACAACACGUGAAUUUACAUUUUCAACCUGCACUUUUAGGGUUAAUGUAGGUUUCAUGAGUGCAGACCACACCCUCAACGAAAUGACAUGAAGCAUUAUAGUGGAACUGUAAAUAGUGGGGAGAACUCUGAGAACUUGGGCUUUGCGCUAGAUAUCCACGUCUACCAGAAAGUCUUCAACAAGCAGGACUUGUUGAAUAGUAGGAAGAGAUGGAUGGUGGUGGGUGUGGAAACUUCAUCACUAGUGGAAAAAAAGAGAAAUGGGAAGUUAACAAGUUAAAAGGUGGAGCUUCAGGCUCCCAAACCUUCCCAUACUGAAGGACUCUUCAGUUUGUUCCUUUGGAGGAACCUUUAAAGGUUCUAUGUACUCUGUACAGCAGAGGUUAAUUUUCUCACCAUGGAUGUAUGAAAUUUAAUAAAACACUUCCUGACCCCACUAUAAAUUAUUGCAUAAAAAGGUAGCACCUUCAGGGGCAGGAUUAGACAGUAAAUACUCUAGUGCCCUGCAUAAAUUCAAGUUUUCCCUGCUACUGAAACACGUGCUCUAGCUUGUGGAGAGGCUAAUAAUUAGUUCAUGAUCAGGAUCAGGUGUGUCUGGAGCAGGAAAAUCUUGAAAAAGCCUGGAGUUGAGAACUUCAGGUAUGAACUCUCUUUGUGUUUUCACUGCUUGUGGUUGUUGGCUAGCUUGGUCUGAACUGAAGCUUCUUCAGCAUUGUUUCUUUCUCAUCACUAUGUUGAUCACCACAGCUAAAAUUCUAAUUCAGAUCUAUCUUUACAAAGUGCACCAAACCAUUUUUGGUGCCAAUCUUCCCAUUCUGAUUGUGAGCAGAUGCAAAUUGCAAAUUUCUUUUAGUUAAUUAGCAUGACCUGAGGAGUGCUUUUUAUAAUCCAGUAGCAGAGUCAUGAUGAUGUCAUAGCCUGUGCUAAAAGUCUCAUCAUUUUCGUAUACUGUAAUUUGAAAGCUUAAUAUCGGGCACAUGCAUAGUGCGCGCACCACAAUUUGGUUUACGCUUGUUGUUUUGAACUGCACAAUGCUUCACUAUAUGCCAUUAACUAUAUGAAGGUGACUAUGAUAGCACAUUUGAUUCAAUUUACAAUCAAAGUUAGAGAUUAGAAGUCCAGUCACAUGUUUAAAUGCGAUGAGAUGAGCUUUAAAUCCAAAUCCUUUCAAAUCCUGCCACUAAUAUAAAGAAUUCUGUAUUGUUGAGCAAUUUAGUAAGACUGUUUAGUCAAAUAACGACAUGUAAAUUGUAAAAAUAUUCAAAGAUCCAAUGCCCCCCCCCAAACUCAGUUCUUUGUUUCUUUGCAAUCAGCAUUUUCAUUGUUUUUCAUUGUUACCUUAUUUUUUUUACAGUGACAGAUCAUUACAAAACUCUGAGCAAGACCUUAAUUCAAAUAACCUCUAAAAAACCUCCCUCAGAGAGACACAAUAUAACUACUGGAAGAAUUAUGAGCAUUACAAUGUGAAGAUUUUCACACACUGAAGUAUAGACACACCAAAACCUUUCACAAGAAGAUUGGACAUUCCUGAAUCUGAUUUGGAUCUAACUUUAUGUACUGUGUUUCAGUGGCAGAGUAAUCAUAAAACCUUCCACACUUUUGUUUGAUCAACCCUUGUGUCAACAUUAGAUACGAUCUGUUUUCUCAGCAAUGUUGAUGUUCAGGUUGUGCAACUGCUCACUCUAGAGCUGCUGGAGCUCGCUGACCUGUUCCCGUUGACACUGUUGUUCACUGUUUGCAUUUCACUGUCGUCCAUCAUGUCCUCAUAAACAAAUCUCGGGUUGGCAUGUCACCCCUUAAUACCUUUCUAUGAUGUAGUCAAAUUCCAAAUACUCAUUCAAGCACUCACAACCACUCCCAAUCAUUUGCAUACAAAUCAUUUGAGUACAAAUCUGAAUUUGAGGAUGUAGACCACGAUGUCAACUAAAAGACAACAAGAGUGAUUGUGGAACUAUAAAAAGUGAGAAGAACUGGACGUUCUGGAUUGGAGAAGGGUUGGAGUUCUGGACGUUCUGGACGACAAGUGUGGUCUUUCUCCCAAACUUAAACUCGCUUCAUUUGCACUCCAUUUCUUAGAUUAUUUUUAUUUCUGUAUAUGAACCUGUGGCUUUAUGAACUAUAUAAAGUGAGGAUGUAGCGAUAUUGGCCUCUCAUUCUGGAUUGGUUUCAUGUUGAAUUGGAUUUCACAUUGAUCCCUGACCCCCUGCCGUAUUUUAUGCUCUGAACACAUGUGAUGUGUUCAGAGCUCAAAGCUUUCCCUGAUCUUUUUCAUAACUUGGCAAGAGCAGAGCGAGUUGCUGUAAAAACAGCUGUAUCAGGUAUCAGUUGAUAGUGGGAGCUCUGAUAUUGAUAUUGUAUCAUAAAUUGGAUUGGUGCAGUCAUAACAUUAGACUAUGUGAGCCAGAAGAUAUGUUUCCAACAAAGUUCUAGAAUAAUCCUGAAUUAAAUGUUUGCUGGACGGGGUUCUGUUUUGCAUUCCCACCACAUUGCAGGACUUUUGGUAAUCUGGUUGGUGGUUCUGUAAAACCUGCAUUUGACCAAUCAGCAAAGUUUACUACAGUAACCUCUGGCACCAGUAGUUCCUUGUCCACAGAAAAGUACCGAAUAAAAUGGUCCCUGGUUCCUCUAGUGGAAAUGUUAAUAAGUUCCUGAAAAGGUUGCAUCAGUGCCUAGACUUAGUACAAUGUAUUUGCUAUUAAGAAAUAAUGGUCAUGGUCCAUUAUGAAGGUCAGAACACUGGCUUAUAUUAUUAUUCACAAAUCCAUAUUACUAAUCCAAAAACAUUACGGUGAAAACCAACCCGGACUAAAGAUAAAUGGCAGAAAUGAGUUAAAUAAGACGCUAUAAUGAGGAAAUGUGAAACACAGGAAUCUUAGAAUCAGAGUUAAGUUAAGAACCUGCAAGACUUCGCCAAGAAUAAAGGCAAUUAAGGAGGUGUAAAUGAACAAGUUAUAAAGACAUUACAAGGCAAAUUGGUAAUAAGACAGCAUUUGUCAGAAUACUUUAUUGAUGAACUACUCGUCACCGGUUUCGCAGUAUAGCUGUAUGGAAGAGAUCCCAAAGGGACUCUUGCGCUUUUUUAGUCAGCCCACUCUGUGGUUCUGGACAGGAAACAGGAAGAACACUCUCUAAAAAGUGGCUCCUUAGGGGAUCUUUGGAUGGAUGACCCUUCAAGCUUUCUAAAGGUCUCUAUAUGAAACCCUUUGGAACCACCUGUUAUGGGGUUCCACCUAGAACCUUGCAAGUUCUUGCAAGUGACAAACCCUUUAAGGUUACCAGAUGGAACCUUAGUGAUGAGGGUUCUCUAAAAGUAAUGCUUUAGUGCAGUUGGAAAACAUUUCAGGACUGUAGUAGUAUUAAGGAUUGAUCUUAAUUCAAUAAGCUAACCUUUCCAAUUACAAACAAACACUUAAAGUGUUCCUCAAAGUUUAUUUGGAUAGUUAUGGUUCUCAUCUUCCUAGGGAACCCUUGAAGAACCCUUUUUUCUAAGAGUGUAGGUAUUAACUGUGUAAGUGUAUGGUACCAAAUUAUUGGUAGUUAUUUUCUUCUUAAUACCUAGGACCUGUUAGGCAUUUCAAAUUUAGCAAACUGCCUUUGUACUUGGUAGACUCUUAGAAAAAAUGUUCUUCAAAGGUUCUUUAAAGGUUUAUCGGAUAAUUAAGGGUUCUUGACAUCCUAUUCGGAACCUUUUCUCAUAGGGAAACACUAGACUUAACUUUUUUGUUUGUAAGAGCGUAUAUAUAUUGUAAAAGUUAUAUGUAGUUAACUAGCAGGACGUGUGAAAUCAUUGCACACUUCCUACUGUAUCAUUGUGUUUAGGUUUAUUUUAAUAAAAUAUCCAUUAACUACCAUUUCUGUCUCUCUGGAAAGACUAUAAAUGGUAAUAACCUACCUCAAGAUGGUGUAGUAAACAGAGCACCUCCAACUGUUGGUCUUGGUGAAUGGAGUAGAUGUGUUAGAUGGUCCUAAGAUGGAAGUUAUUAACAGAAAAUAAGUGGUACCUCAAGGUUCUGUGGUAGUGCCUGGAAGGUUGAGAGAGCCACUGUUCAGGGUCAUUGAGGAUGGAUCGUAACCCCGGAUUGGAUUCUGCUGCCAAAUGAAAUAAUGUAGUGAUAAUGAAGAUGUGGCCAGGUGGGGGUUCUCCUGUUUAUACCCAACUCAUUAGAAAAUCCGAGCUCAAAACUGGGACUUCAGAUACUUUAAACGCAACGUAGGACAGUCAGGGAGAUCGCUUGUUCAUUCAUUCAUUGCUUUCAAUGAACUUUCAUUGGCAUGGUUUUUAAACUUUCCCUCCACGUUUCCCAUGCCAGUGAUGGUGCAAAGUUGUGCCCAUCUCUUUUUUUUUAUUCAUUUCAUUCGAGUUACUGUGCUUCUACUGCAGGUGGAUUUUACACGUGACAACGAUUGAGCUGAUUUUGCAGUCUAACAAUCAAAAGACAUGAUGAUGAUGAUGAUGAUGAUGAUGAUGAUGACUGUUACAGCUUGUGAAAGCUUGGAACUGUUGAAAAAGUGGUGCAGAAAGUGUGAUUAUUUGCUUUUUUUACUUUGAUAUGUGUAUGCAGAGUCAAAGAUUCAAAGAUUCGACUUAACAUAUAUGGUCGUCCCUCACCAUUAGAAUUAGAUAAUUAGAUUAAAUAAAAUGGUAUAAGGAAAAAAAGUCCAUAUCUUUUGGUCUAAUUAGUGGUUAACACCAGAGCACUUGGAAUUAGUACAAGCACAGUAGUUUGAUGAAUUUUGGAUAGAUGUGUUUGAGUUAAUACAGUGUACAGAUGUUCUCGGAAGCUCGCCGACAGCCGUGGCCCGCAGACGGCUGUUCAACUGUAAAUAAAUGUAUGCAAAUGUACAUGUUUAAACGAACAUUCCUUUUUUGAGUCCUGACCGUAAAAAGGGUGUAUGUUGACUAGAAGGCAACGAUGAAACGCCAAGAAAAUGGCAGUUCCAUAUGGCGUAAUACAGAUUAAAAUCUAAACUAGUGUGGUGUACUUGACGUAUUAAAUGGGAAAAAAAAAUUUGCAAAAAAGAUAAAAACCUGUUCAUUAUUGGUCUAAGUUGCAUUGUGUGAUGAAAGUGCUUAAAAUGCAUUGACUCUGUUACCUGAUUUUAUUGUAUAUUGAAGAGUAAGACAAAAAGAGCAUUACAUUUUUGUAUAUAUUGGAUUUUUGUAAAUUUUUAUUUGAUUCUAAUGCAACACAAAGUACCAAAUUCAUUUAAUAAAGUACACUGUGGUCAUUUUA